AUGGAUGAAGGUCUUGCAGAUCCCCAUUGGCGCCACUUCGCUGCAGCCUGCUUCACCUUGCGGGCGCGUCGAGACACCGACGGCGCCAGAGUGGUGGUGUCUGCAGCUUUGGCGGCCGUGAUGGAUGCCUUGCUUCGGCGGUGUUUGACCGACUCCUUGCACGGAUCUUUGGCAUCCAGGCACUAUGCUGGCCUGGCACAAGGGCCCUGCCAAGCCUUCGGCCGGGAAGCUCAGCUCCAAUUCCAGGGGAAGUUCCAGUGGCACCAGAGUACCAAGCUUUGCUGGCACUCAGAUCCUGCGCAUAUGCGCACCUUGGUCUUGGACUACUUCCACAGUACCUUGGCGAUGAGUCCAGUCACGGGUCGUUUUGGUGGGCCGAGUUUGUGCAAACAGGAAGGUGUGAGCCGAUGCGUGGCAGAAGAUCACAUGAUUUUCUCCUUUGACAAAACAAUGACUUGCAGCGCAGGCGAUACUGCUUUGGUCGAACAGAUCGGACUUUGUCUGGGUGCGGGGCCAUGGAAGCGUGAUGGUCCCAGAACAGUUCGAACUAUUUCCAGAGCUGGCGUGGUUUCGCGACACGGUGUUCCUUUGGAAGAUGUGGGGGUGCUCAAGUCCGAGUGCUCUUCGCCGCAAGUCCAGGGAGGUGAUUUUUCACGACUGUCUGCCUCUGAUUCCCUGCUGAAGUGGCACUACAGGAAGGGCCGUUUCGAAGUGGUUGGCUUCGGGACCAACCUCACCCCAGAGGUCAAUGGCAAACCCACCGGCUUUCUUCGGGGCGUGCUGCGCUGGUUCGGUCAAUACGAGUCCGACAAGAAGAGCCUCAGCCGUGCCAGUCCAUCGGUGCGAAGCUUUUCCAAGCACCAGCCCACUUUUAAACACAGCGUCAUGGACGACUGGGAUCCCUUUGCCGAUCCUGCCGAUGCGCCACCUCCGCCUGCGCGGCCUGCGCCUGUUGCGGUGCCCGUUGCGGUGGACGCCGUCCCAGUGGAGGAAGCCACCGGUGACAUCCCAGACCUUCCCAGCUUAGCCGAGCUGGAACAGCAGCUGCAAAAGGCGCAGUUAGAAAGCUGCCCAGAGCUGGUACAAGCUGCGUUUGCUGGGGAUGAGGCUAAGGUUCAGGAGCUGCUGAAGGGUGGUGCCGAUCCCAACACAAUCUGGCUCAGAGAGGAACGCCUCAAAGGGAGUGAUGGAUGUUGCCAAUGUGCCAUCAGCUGGGAGGAGUACACUGCCCUGAUUGCCGCGUGUAUGGAGUUGAAGACAGAAAUCUGCGAGUUGCUUCUCCUCCAUGAUCAGACUGACAUGAACGUGGUAUGCUGUGGCCUCCAUGAAUUUGGGCCUUACAAACACUUCACGGUGCUGGACUGUGCAGACAUGGCAAAGCAAGUCCAAAGCCCUUUGAUGGAGAAACUGCUGGCCAGGGGGGCCAAGCCUGCUGCCAAAUGCCCCACGCCACCCUGGCCACGAGAGCCUCGAGGUGCCGAUGACAGCGACGACGCGUUGUUGGCGGCGGCGGCGUUGCCGGCGCGGCCCAGCGCGAACGGGGCGGGGCCCUAUGCGGAGCUCCUGGAUGCCAUGCAGCAGAACAGGUGCAAAAGCCUGGAGCUCCGUCAGCGACUCUUUAAGCAGAUGAUGCUAGAGUGGCACCCUGACAAGCGCCCGGCCAGUGAGCGCUCGCUGGCCACUGCAGCGCUGGGAGCUGCCGAUGUCGAGUUGCUGCUGAGCUACCUCACAGCGCCUUAUUUGAGGAUCCCAUUGCUGCUGGGAUUCUUCACAGAUCGACACCGCGCCUCAGCGUUGCGAGAACCACAGCUACAGGUUGUCUUGGAUGCUGCGCUGUUUGAGCCGGGCCAAUGGCAGUCGCCCACGGACUUGCUGAAGUCGCCACCUGACACAGUGCCGGCAGCGGACCGCAGGCACCUGGCCACUGCUGCGGGGCUCUUAUUCAAUGAGCUGAUGAGGUCACCUCAAGCAGUUGUGCAUGCAGUGUUGUGCUUGCUCCAGGUGGCGAUCGAGAAGGAUGUGGGUCGCCCCGAGUCGGCCAACGAUGGCCUGAUCCUCUACGUCAUCCGCCUGGCGACGCGCAUCGAGUCUUACUUGGCUUUCCUGGUGUCUCAUGGCCGCCGGGGAGCGUAUUUGGAGCGUUCUGGGGCGAGCUACGAUGCCUUUGUGAGAAGCUUGGCAGGGCCGCAGGACGACCCCUUGCUGAUGGAGUUGCAGGCAGCUCACCGAGAGAUAAGGACGCAGCUUCAGGGAGAUGUACUGAGGAUGCUCAAGGAUUGGUUGCGAUACACAUCAAAGAGGCCACCGGGGAAGUUCCUGGCCGCCGCGUGCCGCAUCCAUGCGCACGUGGCCCUGAUCUUUAAAAACGUGCCUGAGUUGGACACUGCUGCAGUGUCUGGCUUCCUUUCUGCUCAGGCGUUUUUGAACAUCAACCACCGGCUGGAGGACACAAGCGCAUCAUCAGGAGAGGCUGGGUGCUUGGGAGUUGGAGAGGUGGAACUCUUUGAUGCCUUUGAAUCGCGACGGAGCCGGAUCACAUUGUGGCUUCGUGAAGACGCUGCGCGGGCAAGCUUGGUCCUGCGGAUGGUGGAACAGGCAGUGACAAAUCGCGGCAGGGCAAGUUCGGAGGCGUCUGCCGAAGAAUGGGCUGAAUUGAGACCUGGUGACUUUGUGCCCAAGAAGCAUUUGCCAUCGGAGAGCUGGUUCAGCUCGCAGUCUGGGGAGGCUUUCCACGAGUGGAUGCUGAGAACAACACAGGGGGGUGCAGCAGGGCGACAGGUCUCUAUCAACUUGGGUCAGUAUGGAACGAAACGCGAUGGAUUGGAGCUCUUACCCAGCUGGGCCACGGAUCUCAGUCCGAUGCGGACGGACAAAUAG